AUGAGAGCAAAGAACAAAUGGAGGCAUGGCUUACAGGGAGAACUGAACAAAUGGAGGCAUAGCUUACUGGGAGAACUGAACAAAUGGAGGCCUAGCUUACAGAGAGAACGGAAGAAAUGGAGGCGCAGCUUCCGGAGAGAACAGAAGAAAUGGAGGCGUAGCUUCCUGAGAGAACAGAACAAAUGGAGGUGUAGUUUACAGGGAGAACUGAACAAAUGGAGGCGUAGCUUCCUGAGAGAACAGAACAAAUGGAGGCAUAGCUUACAGGGAGAACUGAACAAAUGGAGGCGUAGCUUACAGAGAGAACGGAAGAAAUGGAGGCGUAGCUUCCGGAGAGAACAGAAGAAAUGGAGGCGUAGCUUCCUGAGAGAACAGAAAAAAUGGAGUUGUAGUUUCCUGAGAGAACAGAACAAAUGGAGGCGUAGCUUCCUGAGAGAACAGAACAAAUGGAGGCGUAGCUUCCUGAGAGAACAGAACAAAUGGAGGCGUAGCUUACAGAGAGAACAAAUGGAGAACAAAUGGAGGCGUAGCUUCCUGAGUGAACAGAACAAAUGGAGGCGUAGCUUCCAGAGAGAACAGAACAAAUGGAGGCGUAGCUUCCUGAGAGAACAGAACAAAUGGAGGCGUAGCUUACAGAGAGAACAGAACAAAUGGAGGCGCAGCUUACAGAGAGAACAGAACAAAUGGAGGCGCAGCUUACAGAGAGAACAGAACAAAUGGAGGCGCAGCUUACAGAGAGAACAGAACAAAUGGAGGUGUAGCUUCCAGGGAAAACUGAACAAAUGGAGACGCAGCUUACAGGGAGAACAGAACAAAUGGAGGCGCAGCUUACAGAGAGAACAGAACAAAUGGAGGCGCAGCUUACAGAGAGAACAGAACAAAUGGAGGCGCAGCUUACAGAGAGAACAGAACAAAUGGAGGCGUAGCUUCCAGGGAAAACAGAACAAAUGGAGGCGCAGCUUACAGGGAGAACAGAACAAAUGGAGGCGUAGCUUCCAGGGAAAACAGAACAAAUGGAGACGCAGCUUACAGGGAGAACAGAACAAAUGGAGGCGCAGCUUACAGAGAGAACAGAACAAAUGGAGGCGCAGCUUACAGAGAGAACAGAACAAAUGGAGGCACAGCUUACAGAGAGAACAGAACAAAUGGAGGCGUAGCUUCCAGAGAGAACAGAACAAAUGGAGGCGUAGCUUCCAGGGAAAACAGAACAAAUGGAGGCGCAGCUUACAGGGAGAACAGAACAAAUGGAGGCGCAGCUUACAGAGAGAACAGAACAAAUGGAGGCGCAGCUUACAGAGAGAACAGAACAAAUGGAGGCAUAGCUUCCAGGGAAAACAACAAAUGGAGGCGCAGCUUACAGGGAGAACAGAACAAAUGGAGGCGCAGCUUACAGAGAGAACAGAACAAAUGGAGGCGCAGCUUACAGAGAGAACAGAACAAAUGGAGGCAUAG